AAUGAAGAUGGAGAAAGAAGUAAGUUUUAUCAAGAAGUUGAUCAGGAACAACAGAAAGCAGAAGAUGCAGCAGCAGCGAUGAUAAGGACAGUGUUUAGUGAGAAAUCCACACCAGACAUGUCAACUACGGCUCAAAGUUCCAGAGCAAAACACCAAAAAGUGAAAAGCGUGGGAAUAAGCAUAAACCAUCAAAAUCAUCCGACUUUGCUCACAAUGCUCCAAUGCUAAAGAAUGAGCAACUGAUGGAAACAAACAAUAUUGACCCCACAGCAUUACUUAACACCAACCGAAUCAAUCAACAAGUUACUCCACGUAACGACCAAAUCAUGUACACCCCAUCACCACAAGUACCCCAUACCCCACCAGCAGUUCAACCGACUGUCUCCCCCCACCCAAGGUUACCCAACUCAUACCCAAUGUACCAACAACACAGCCAUCGAACCAACCAACACCCCCAAACCAACUACACCCACGCUGCUGUGGACAAAGUUUACCCUCCCUACACCCCCAACCCACCCCAACAGCCAACAACAAUGAAUAUGGAAUACAACUCAAAUUAUCCACCAAGAAAUAUCCUACCUGGUCAGUUAUUUUCACCUGACACCAAGGUAAAGGCUCCUUCGUUUCCCCAGCAAUCUCCUGCAUGGCCGCACCAGGCAUCCGGUUUUCCACCAAAUCGCAGCAAAGCAAUACCAUCGUUGCCACCAGAUUUUCCGCAGGCAUAUUUAUCCAUGCCACCGACAUAUAGUGAAAGUGUGGUAUCUCAACAACACAAGGUACAAGCUAACAUGCACCACCAACAAGCACUUCCUAAUCUACCACAGUACAACCAACAUGAUGCUUCAUAUAAUUAUCGCCUGCAACAACAACAACAACAGCAGCAACAACAACAACAACAACAACAACACCAACACUUCAGCAAUCAACAUCAUGUUGAUCACAGACACAGUUUGGCGGAGCCGAAAAAGCAGCAAUUCCAACACCCACCCAACACUGCGUACAUGCAAGGUUCAAUGGCAAUGGAUAAAGAUGCCAUGUAUAAAACACACACCAACCAACCAUAUGUACAAGAAACAUAUGCUCCAAACAGUAUGGCAACAACAUCCAACUUACAUCAAAUGAAUCCUAACAUGGAUCAUGGCUUACAAAAAGUCACUGCUGUUACUCAACCUGCCCCACCCUAUGCAGAAGCUAAUUACUCAAAUGCACCAAUGACAAACAAAUACAACGCUGUCAACAAACAUCGACAUAAACAUCAUCACAGCAAUCAAUCUGGGAAAGUAAAGAAACGAGGAAGCCAACAUGUUCGUGUCAAAUUUGUUGAUGAUUCAGAGGAGACAGAUAUCUUUAAAUUAUCCGAUGUAAUGUACCCUGAUGAUUCUGAAGUCACAAGUUUUGACGAGCUUCAACCUGGUGCAAUUGUGGUGGCAAAAUGGCCGAUGAAUGGGAAAAGAUACAGUGCUGUUGUUAUUGACCCUCUCGACUCUGGCACAGGCCGUAGAUUCCGUGAGCGUAAACCACCUCCCAAACCUUUCCAAGCAGCAGAGUUUGACCAAUCUAUGAAACCAAGUCUCCUUUUGAACAAACUCGAUUUUGAGAACAUUGAUAAUUUCAAUGAGAAUGAAGCUUCUAUGGGUUCUGAAUUCAAUGCUUAUGUUUCUAUGGCUGAUCGUAUAAAGUUAAAACGAAGAGAAAUGAUGUUAAAAGAAAAAUCACAAGGGAAAAAGCGCAAGCAUCAUAACGAGUCAGCAGAUUCCACUUCCCAUCUCAUCCAUACAAGUUCAGAUGAAGAUGAAUUUGUUUCACCAUCAAGGAAGAGAUCUCAUAUCAUGGAACAUAAGAAAAAAGAAAGAAGGAAGGCAGUAGAAGAGAGAAUCCUAAAAGAAGAUGGAGAUGGUUCCUUCCGAAGACUCUCUCAAAUUAUUGAGAAGAUAUUCGACUACAUGGACACCCUUGAUCCUCAUCUCUUGGAUCAAGCCACAUCAACAGAUGAAGAUAAAAAGGAAGUCCUCCAGUGUCUUCUUGUCUCAAGAUCAAGAUUACAAGAGCUGAGUGAAGAAACUGCAAAAUUAAAAGCAAUGGGAUUGUUAUGCCAGCUGCCAAAGAAAACUCUGGUUCGACUUUUAUCAAUUCUUGAACCAAAUAUUCUGAACGGAGUUCAUGCCACUCCGUGUAAAACUAAGGGCAACACUGCAGAAGAGCAAAGAUGGAACCGGGACAAUGAUUUAGAUCGAGUUAGUUCGGCUACAGAUGCAGCCCUUACAGUUAUGAACAUAAUGACUGCACCGUUCAUGCCUAAAGCUGUAUACCUUGAUGAUGUAAUGGAAAGAUCAGCCCAACUUUUGUGCCGACAACUCGUAAACACCAUCUACCCUGAAUAUGAUCCGGUUUAUAAAAUACCAUCAAGUAAUAAGAAAAAGGGGUUAAAAGAUACAUCGGGUGGUAGCACCAAGAUGAAACGAGCUCAUUACAAAGGACCAAAGAAUCACACCAUACUUCAACUUUAUAAUAAGUUGAAUGUCUUGGUCAACCAGUGGGUGGAGCUAGUGCGCCUACAACCUCUCACAGACACAACAAUAUUACAAAUAUCAUCAGUUGGUGUAUCUCCUUUCUUUGUUGAAAAUGUGAGAGAAUUACAAUUAAGUUCCAUCAAGUUGACGACCGCUCUCUUCUCUAAAUAUGAGAAACAUCGAACUUUAAUAUUAGAAGAUAUAUUUCAAUCAUUGGCAAGAUUACCAACAAGUAAAAGGAACUUAAGAAAUUACAGAUUAACAUACAUAGAAGAGAUGGUGGAUUCAUCUGAUGAUGAAGGUUAUCCAGCACAACGCAAGCAGAAUACUGAUCUACAAUAUAUACAGAUGGUAUCAGCAUUGAUUUUACAGAUGAUCCAAGCCAUUGUAUAUCUCCCUAACCCUGAUCAAAGCGAUGUCAAUCUUGAACAAUCAGUAAAAGAAGAGAUGACACAAAAACAGGUGGAUGAAUUGCAAGUCAUCAACUCAUACGAUACAGCGGUACGCACUGGUCAAAACUUUCUCAGUGUUUUCCUUAAGAAAUGCGCGAGCAAAUCCGACGAAACAGAUUACCGACCGUUGUUUGAAAACUUUGUCCAUGAUUUGCUGGCAACUGUUAAUAAACCAGAGUGGCCAGCUUCCGAAAUGAUUCUUAGUGUGUUGGGUAGAUUACUGGUUCACACCUUCAGCACUAAAUCAACAGAGAUGUCGUUACGAGUUGCUUCGUUAGAUUACCUUGGUGUAGUAGCUGCCAAGUUACGAAGAGAUGCCGUCACAAGUAAUACAGACAUUGCUACAGUUGAAACAUUACUUCAAAGGCUUGAAGAGUUACCAAAUAGCGCAAUGCAAGCAGAUUAUGAACCAGAAAGCGCACCUAUGAAGGAAGACAAAAAAGUUGAAAAAAACGGGAACAAAUUGAUUGAACGACUUGAAUGUUUGUUGCUUGCUUAUUUACGAAGACACGCGUCUGCUGAUCCAUCACUCAUGUUUUCACACAAUUUUUACAUCGGCCAAUGGUUGCGUGACACCACUGUUGAAUUUCAACAACUUCAACAACAAGAACAAUCAGACAUUGACGCACAAAGUAAAGCUGUACAAGUUUGCCAGAAGAAGAAAACUUCUGUCCUCAACCUAAUGUCAUCAUCAGCUAUAGCAGUUGCUUUGUUAUCCGUUGAUAAACAAAAUGUUUCUGAAAACACAAGAAAACUGUUGGCACGGGAUGUGCAUAAAAGAGAUGAUGAGAUGGCUGCUGGCUUAACUGUAGAAGACGCCAUGUUAAUCUCACGACAUUUGGCAUCAACGAGGCAAUUCUCGCGUGCGUUUGAUUGUUAUUUAUCGUACAUACUCCGUGUACGUGAAGAAUCCGCAGUCGCACUCCGCACACGAGCGAUUAAAUGUCUCGCUGAAGUUGUUGCUGUCGACCCAGCUAUCAUGUCUCGGAAAGACAUCGCUAACGGAGUUCGUCUCAGUUUGGUAGAUGCAUCAACCAGUGUGAGGGAAGCAGCCAUAGAUUUGGUCGGUCGAUUCAUUUUGCUCAAACCAGAUCUUGUUCCACAUUAUUAUGACAUGUUAUCUGCAAGAAUUAUGGACACUGGUGUUAGUGUACGUAAGAGAGUGAUUCGCAUUCUACGCGACUUGUGUCACGAACAUCCACAAUUACCACAACUCACUGAUGCGUGUGUCAAGAUCAUAAGAAGAGUUAAUGAUGAGGAAGGAAUAAAGAAACUUGUUCACGAAGUAUUUAUGAAGAUGUGGUUUACACCUGUCAAUUCAUCAGAUGCGAGUUUACUUCGAAACAAAGCUCUUCUUAUCACAGAUAUCGUGGCUGCUAAUCGUGACCAUGGCUAUGAAUGGAUUGAACAACUCUUUAAAAAUUUAAUUGACACCGCUGUUUCCAACCCUCAAGUUGAGCUAGCAUGCAAACAAAUAGUUGACUGUCUUGUGCAACACGUUAUUCUAUUUGAAAACUAUGAGGACAAACAGCAAGGGACAUCAGAUGUUUCAAACAAACCAACAAAUGUUGUGAAUAAGAAGUCGAAAGAACGAACCGUGCGAUUGGUGGCGACCGUGCAAACCUUGGUACAGUUGGCACGUAUACGACCACGCUUGCUUGUCACGCAUGUUAUGACUCUUCAACCUUAUCUGGCUACUAAAUGUGAAUCUUCAGACGACUUACAAACAGUCCAUGGUGUAUGUCGUGUAUUGGAACUUGCUAUUCCACUCAUGGAGCAUCCAUCGGAGGCGUUCCUUGCUGCUGUGGAGGAGGACUUGAUGCGAAUGAUAUUAACUCAUCAUAUGAUGGUGGUCUCCGCAGCUAUUGCAAGUCUGGCUGCUAUAACUUGUCACGUCACAAAUAAUUAUAAACUAAUAUGGGAUUGCUUUCAGAAAAUGUGCAAUUACUUGUCCAAUGCCCGUAUAACUCAUGAGAAAAACCCGUCAGCAAUUUAUCAAACCAAGCAUUUUAAGCAGUUGUUAAGAGCUCUUUUUAUCACCGGACAUUUCUGUAAAAAUUUCGACUUUGACAGUGAAAAGUUGAAAGGAAAGGCACAGAUAUGCGUAAAGGACAAAGUAUAUUCUUGUGUUUAUUACUUCACAAAAAUUGAUUCAACUUCCUCAAGACAAGAGACGGAAGAAUUAUGCGUGUUUGCUUUACGUGCAUUAGGUUUACUCAUGAUACAAGAUCCUAACAUGAUGUUCUUACCAUCUACACGAGAUUUGUAUAAAACAUUACUUCACCCAGGACAUACUUCCGAUAAAUUAAAGAAACAGGUGUUACUGAACCUACAAACUUAUUUACAAACUGAAGAUGUGAAAAUGCAAGCUGCUACUGAAGCUAGUAUUAAGAAAGCUAAACAGGAUGGUGACGAGAGACCCAAAGAAGAACUUUCGUUAUCGUUUGAUGAUUCGGUCGGUGAACAAAACAUCAAAGAAAUAAACGAUGUUUCGAGUGGAAUGGCUUCAUCUGUAAUGCAGUUGUUUCUUAAAGAGAUUUUGGAAUCAUUUUUCCACAAGCAUGAGCUUGUACGCCACGCUGCGCUUCAUACAGUAUACUUGACGUUACAACAAGGGUUGGUUCACCCAGUACAGUGCGUUCCUUACCUUAUCGCUGCUGCAUCAGAUAUUGACCCCUUUGUGCAUAAGGAAGCUGAGCAACAGUUAACUGAACUCAACAAACGAUACGUUGGUUUCGUCCACACUAAAGCAUUACAAGGCAUGCGACUUGCUUACCAACUUCAAUCUUACAUUGAACCAAAUAAUGAUGUGAUUCGCGGACAUUAUGUGAGCGCUGGUAUAGAUGAUGGACCAACCACACUGAAGGCAAAAUGUUCCCAUCUGUACCAACUUGUUCGUUCCGAUCGUAAACACAGACGAGCUUUUCUUAUCUCACUUCUGAACCUUUUCGAUGACACUGUGAAAACUGACAUCGAGAUGUUACUUUUCCUUGCUGAUAAUCUCUCCCACUUUCCCUACCAUACCCUGGAUGAACCUUUGUUCCUUAUCAGUCAAAUAGAAGUUUACGUGUCCGUGUCUGGAUCUAAUGUCUUGCAAACUUUCAAAGAGUCUCUUCAAGAUAAAUCUUCAAGAUCAUCUCGGAGGAAAAAACAAAAGUCCGAGGAUUCUACGAGUGACUCCUCUUCCUCGGAGGAAGAUGAAAGUGACGAGAGCGAUGCAGAAGAUGAUUCUCUGCGUCAUCGACUUCCAAUAAAUGAUGCGGCGAUCGUAGAGUUUGCAAGAUCAUCAUUAGCGUGUCUACUUCUACUAUGGGUGAAGCAACAUCUUAAAACUGUCUUCGGUUUCAAAGACAGCAAAAUCCACCAAUACUCGACAAGUGAAGUAAACAAAGCAAACGACAAACAAUGUCAUCGGAAGAAAGCUGAUCAUAAGUUUGAACCAAAACAAGCCAUCGACCAUAUUAGGAGGUGCCGUGAAAAACUAUCGUGUAGAAGUGAAACAUACAUUGAUGCUGUAUUGAGGCAAUAUACUGAGUUCAAUCAACUGAUGAACAAACUUGAUCCAAACGAUGAUGAUUCCGAUUCUGAGAAAGAAAAAAAAGUGACAAAACUACCAGUGGUUGAAACAAAUACAAGCAGGGAGGAGGACAGUGACCAUGAUAGUGACGUGGAAACAACUAACGCUCCUCUUGAUGCUAUAAGAAAAUCUACUGCUCUCAAGCCUAAGAAAAUAAAGCAGAAAAAUCCCACUGAGAGUUUGUACAAAAGUGAAAUGAGAAAAAGGCAAGUGGUUCAAUAUGCGGAGACCAGUUCAGAUUCUGAGGGUGAAUUUCAUGGGUUUUAAACUCAAUCUCAGUUGAACUAUAUGCUAAAUAAGUAUUAUAUUACAGCGUAAUUGCACUGCCACUACUUUUAAAUAGAUUUUAUGCCCAAAAUAAUCCUAUAUAAUAUAAUUCAACCCGUUAUAUAUUUGCUUGUCUAUAAAACGCUGAGAUUACUAAUACAGCAUUAUUCUGGUCUUUUAAAUCUUGUACUUUUUAAAUCUCCAACACAUUUUUCUGUAGUGGUUCACUUUUAUUUUCUAUUUAAUUUCAAGCAGGCCCGUGUUCGGUACAUGCUUAUUACCAGUUUGAUUUAAAGGUAAAAUUUUAGAAGCUUUGUAUCAUAUGUUGACUAUUUGAUAGUGGAGUUCUUACUAUUUUUUUACCCUUUUUAUAUUCCUGCGUUUCUUUCAUGUUUCUGAUUUCUUUUUCAACCAGAAGUUAGUUCUCUAUUCUAUUAGAGCAACCAAGAAUUUGUACAUACAAAGUUAUUUUGCUUGAUGCUUUUUGCAUUCAAGCUUCAUUGGUUUUGUUCUUCGUACUAAUAUGAUGUUGUAAUUUGAAAAUAAAGAAUUCUUUGCAACACAAAAUUCAUCACAACAAUAUUUGCUGUGUGCCACGAACGUUUCUUUGCUGUUGCAGACGUUCUGUGUAUGCCACGAGCUUGUUAACUGAAGUUUGUUUGUUGCGGACAUUUUAUAUAAUACAAGAAAAAAAUCAUUCA